UCUCCAUCUCUGCUCUGCUCUCGGCUCCUCUUCAAGUCACAGUCAGGGACGUGCGAAGCGGCCAAUGGGCUGGCGUGCUGCCGCCUGAUUGGCUGCUGCCCCGCUGUCACACCAGAGCUCCUCCCCAGCCCGAGUGCCGCUGCUGCCAGCCACAGUCUGCCUGUUUUGUUGUGACACGGCGUCCGAGCCUCAAAUGCUCCGUGGCGACGGGGAGAAAUGGGAGCAACCAUCUGAGGGAGACAGCAUCGGCGCUCCUGCCCACGCCCUGCACUUCGCUAGAACAGGAUCCACCAUGGAGCCCGCGUCCUCUCCACGCAGAUCGCAUCUUGAUGGGAAGAGGGACUCCCCUGUCACAGUCCCAGCAUGGCCAGUGAUGGCUCCUGUGCUCCCAGUGCUCCCAGUUCCGUGGUGCCCCAGCCUGACACGCAGCUCCUGAUCCCCCCUCUAUGCUUGGCCUGUCCCAGCAGGCCAGAGCCCCCCGAUUCGGCACACCACCUGAGGAGGGUGCCUACAGAAAUUUACCCCUUUACACCAACUGUGCAUCCUGCCCAGACACCCGUCUCCCCCGUAAUCCACGUCUCCAGAGCUCCCCCCAAUGGACGGGCAGCAGAAGUCACCCGACAGCAGCAGUGAGGCUUGCACCGUGCUGGAGAAUGUUGCCGCGGUGAUCGCCAGGCAGCCCUUGUCCUGCCCCAACCAUGAGGACAGGGUGCCAUCGUUCUGGUGUCCUCCAUGUGAGACGGUGUUAUGUCAAGAAUGCACCUUGAGCGAGCAUUCUGAGCAUUCCACCAUCCCACUGAAAGACGCCAUGGACCAGAGCAAGACCACUCUCCAGGAGCAGCUCGGAGCCGUCAGGAGAAGGCUCCCGGAGAUAGACUCUGCCCUGCGGGUCCUAAUGGACUUUCAGCAGCAGCUCACCACCCAGAAGGCCUCCAUAGAGGAGGACAUCCAUUCCACCUUUGAGGAGAUACAGAAGACGCUGAAUGUGCGCAAGAGUGUUCUGCUUAUGGAGCUGGAGGUGACAUAUGGGCUCAAACAGAAGGUGUUGCAAGGCCAGGUAAGCAACCUGCUGCAUGACCAGGAAGAAAUUCACAGCAGCUGCAGCUUCACGGAGAAGGCGCUGGAAGAGGGAUCCGAGGAUGAGAAGUUGCUGGUCAUGAAGGAGAUGCCCAAGCGCCUGGGUGAGCUGACCAGCCAGGAGUUCCCACUGCAGCCCCAGGAGAAUGACCAGCUGGACUUCCAUGUGGAGACUGAGUGCCUGAAGAAGUCUAUCCACAACCUGGGCACCAUCGUCACCACAAAUGCAGUGGCGUACGAGACGGAAGCCAGCGGUGAGGGCCUACAGCAGUGUGUGGUGGGCCAGUCUAACUCUGUCACCAUCACCACCAAGGACAAAGACGGCGAGCCAUGCAGGAGCGGCAACGCUAACCUGACGGCGGAGAUCUUCACCCCUGACGGCAGCGUGGCCGAUGGGGAAAUCCUGGACAAUAAAAAUGGCACAUAUGACUUCCUCUACACCGUGCCCAAGGAGGGAAACUUCACUCUCUCCUUGCGCCUCUAUGACCAGCACAUCAAGGGCAGCCCUUUCAAGCUGAUGGUGAUCAAAUCUGCCGAUGUCUCUCCGUCUGGCGACGGGGCCAAAAAACGUGUCAAAUCCCCCGGCAGCGGCCAUAUCAAGCAGAGGGCAGUCAAGAGACCAGCUAGUAUGUUCAGCACAAGCAAGAAGAAGGAGAACCCAAUUGAAGAUGACAUGAUCUUCAGAAUCGGUACAAAGGGACGGAAUAAAGGGGAGUUUACUAACCUUCAGGGUGUCGCUGCAUCUCCCACUGGCAAUAUAUUGAUAGCAGAUAGUAACAAUCAGUGUGUACAGAUCUUCUCCAAUGACGGGCAGUUCAUUAACCGCUUUGGAGUUCGAGGACGAUCACCAGGGCAACUGCAGCGACCCACGGGAGUCUCUGUCCACCCCAACGGGGACAUCAUCAUCGCUGACUAUGACAACAAGUGGGUCAGCAUCUUCUCCAGUGACGGAAAGUUCAAGACAAAGAUUGGCCAUGGAAAGUUAAUGGGACCCAAAGGUGUGUCAGUGGAUAAGAACGGUAACCUCAUCGUGGUGGACAACAAGGCCUGCUCCGUCUUCAUCUUCCACCUCACUGGCAAGCUGGUCACCAAGUUUGGUAGCCGUGGCAACGGAGACAAGCAGUUUGCAGGCCCCCACUUUGCAGCCGUGAACAACAAUAAUGAAAUAAUAAUUACGGAUUUUCAUAACCACUCUGUGAAGGUUUUCAAUUCAGAGGGAGAGUUCCUCCUGAAAUUCGGGUCCAAUGGGGAAGGGAAUGGGCAAUUCAAUGCCCCGACUGGGGUGGCUGUGGACAACAACGGCAACAUCAUCGUGGCCGACUGGGGGAACAGCCGCAUCCAGGUUUUCGACAGCAAUGGUUCUUUCCUAUCUUACAUCAAUACGUCAGCAGAGCCCCUCUACGGGCCGCAAGGCCUGGCACUCACCUCUGAUGGCCAUGUCGUGGUGGCAGAUUCUGGCAACCACUGCUACAAAGUGUACCGCUACUUACAGUGACCUGGAGCUUUGCCGGUCCCUGUCCGUCCGCGGCCCGGACAGGCAGCCACACUCACAUGUUCUUGCACACAGUUGGGCCACGUCGCCCUCCUUAAACGCCGCAUAGGAGUCACCAAAAACUUCAUGUGACUGUGGCCUUGCUUGUCACCCGCUGGAUCCUCGGCUUCAGUGAGAGGCAUUUCCCAUAAUCCCUUGCUUGUCCUCAGUGUCUCUCACUUCAAACAGCAUCCAAAUGUCGUGCCAAGAAACUAACAGGACCUUCUAAGACAAAAAAACGCUGUCAAGGUCUUCUCUGAACUGCCGUCUACAGAUGAUAGAUAAUCCAGGACAGUAGAUAACUUAUCUGUACAUUCAAACCCCUGUGCUCUGGAUUUUCAGUGUUUUGUUCCCUUAAUAUUUCUUCGUGGAUGAGAACACGCUGCCUAAUAUUGGAUUCAUGACCAAUUUCAUUUAGCCAUUUUCCUUCUUUGCUACGUAAACAACUGACCUACAAGUAAAACCGAUGCCCGUGGUUUGGCCCAAUCCGGCCAGAGCCCAAAAUGUGCCGCACGGCAAUUUGUGACCGUCUUGCUUAACUCGGUACUAAUCAAUCUCACUUUAUUUAGAUGAAGAUUAGUAUGAAAAAAGUCAAAUGCAGAUUUGAUUAUAUUUGUGAUAAUUGAUAUUUAUAGACUGAUCCUUCUAUUUGGGGAAAAAAAUUAGAUUGAGAGGUCUGCCUCUGAAACCUUGCAUCUCACAGACAAAGAACCACAGUUAUUAUUCAGUUAUUUCCAGUAAAAUGGUUCCUGAUCUCCCCCUGCAGUGAGGUAUAAAAUAUGAGUGUGUGAAUCUCACAGCUCUCCAAAUGUGACAGGAUAUUUCUGGAGCAUUAACAUGCACUGUUAUGGUUAUUGUAGAGAAGUGUAUUCCAUACAGUUACUGAGUGCUGUUACACGCUUAGAUCCAGAAAGGCGUGUAAUGUAUCAGCAAACAGCCAUCUGUUGAUGUACUUGCUGACUAUUUCCUGUUGGAUUACAAGGUCAGUCACCUUGAAUAACUACCUACUACUUAGUAGGAAAAACAGUUUUGGGAGCCCAGACACUUUUCCCAAAAAGUGGUACUUUGUAGAUAAUACUGUGAGUUAUACAAUGCAGCUUAUUUUAUGUGUAAUAGGGCACCUAAAGACAGCUUGCAUUUCUAAAACUUUGCAAACUGGUAUUUGUUGAAAGUCUAAGAUUAAACAGCAAACUUGGAUGUUGGAUAAUGAACAUAGUUUAUUUUACUUUGCCUGUGGUUUAAGAUGAAGAAUCGCUGACCAUUUAAAGGCUGAGUUGAUGACUCAAGUAAUAUUUAAAUUAAUCCAAAGCUAUCGAUCAUGGUCGUUACAGCUUUCUUUAAUGGUCCUGUACUGAACAUAAGUAUGCUUGCCGUUAUCACAGCUCUAACCAGUACGUAGAGGAAUGCAUUUUGUGUGCUGUAAUUAAUUACUACAUCAAUGAACAAUAUCCUUAAGGACAGCUAAUGCACAUUUUGGUUCUGGGAAUGAGGGUCGUUUACCUUGUUCUUGACAAAACAUAUAUUUUAUUUAAGAAAUAACUGUACUUGUUUCAUUAAUUUUUUAUUAUUUAAAUUCCUGUGUGUAUAUGAUGCCAAAUGUAUGACUGUACCCAUAUUAUAUUUUGUUUUCAAGAUAUAUGUUCAUAUUGUUAGUUAUAGCAAUCUUUGAAAUACCGUUGCUAUAAGAAAAUGCACUUAUUUUAUAUAAUUUAAUUAGUACACAAUUUCCCUGAAACCAUGUACAUUCUGUAUGGAGUGACGCAGAUGUUUCACAUUCAUUGGAAGCAGCUCUGAUAGCUACAUCUCACAAAUUCCAGCAUUUGAAAGUUUACUGAUAACGUUUUAUUUAUCGCCUACAUUUUUUCGUCUGUUAUUUCGUCUGUUAUUUAUGCGCAUGUUUGAAUUUUGCUGAAUCUCUGCUGUACUUCCUGUUGGAAUUAAUCUAGUUCAAAAUGUAGGUUGAUGCAUUUUCAUUACUGGCCCUAAUUUAAUCAUAUUUGAUCACUUCUGUUUAUUACCUAGCUCAGCCAAUAAAGAAAAGCAUUCUUUGAUUUUC